CUGGUAAGUGCUGUGGAUAUUUCUUUGACCUAGAUGGACAUAAUUCGAGACAGCAUGCACACGGAAACAACUACGGUCUUGGCACCUGGGGCUCCAUGCUCGGGUCUGCCGGCUUCUACGGCGGCGAGAUCUCGUACUUCAAGCCCAUUGACAUCACUGCUGGAUACGCAGCUGCGGCGAAGGAAUCCCCUUCGGUUAUCAAUUCUGAGCCGUACAGACAGCUGAAGGGCGAGGACCUUGGCCAUCUUCUUGAGCGGGAUUCGGGCGAGGAAACACAUCCUCAGACUUCCGUUCAGACACCCACCGAGAGUGAGAAAUACUCUUCAAGGCACGCUUACGUGGAUAAAAAGAUAUCGUACGCAGACAUUGUUAAAAAAUCGCCCGAAAAGCAACCCUCUGCUCAGGAGAAGCAUUCACAUCAGGAGAAACACUCGUUGCAAAACAAGGCACCGUCUUCCAUGCAGAGGACUGCUCCUGCAUCAGACGCUGAUCAAGAAUCCUCGGUCGACACAGAAUCCAUGAAGACACAACGUGCCUCUGUCUCUCUGCGAACGCGGACACACCGGCCCAGCAGUGGCAAUAGCAUCCAGCAGCCAGACCGUACACAAACACAGCAUCAGCGUGAUGACCACACAGCCCAGGCAAAGGCCAAGGCAGGUGGUGAGCAACAAGAUCUUGGAGCGAGGAUCUAUGGUCUUACACAGGAUAGUCAGUUAUUGAAGAAUAUGGAUUCAUUGUCGGGCGGGCUUUUCGGGACGGCGAUCUUUAUGGCUGCGGCAGUUGCAUCCACGGCCGAGGCGGCUGCAGGAACGAUUAAGCAUAAUCUACCGGAUUCUGUCAAAGAUUUCGCACAAGAACUGAGGGACACUUUGGACUACUCGAUCAUCCGCCUUGAAGAUUCCUCGAUCUCGGCUAUCCCUAACGAAGAAACUUGGGGGAUCCGGAAAGCUGUUUCACAAAUUCUGGAAGAAGACAAUAUGGUAGCCUCGUCCUACAAGUCCACACCCCCGUCAUCCCCUCACAAACUCUCUGUCGAGGACUCUUCUACUUUGGAAGACCAUGACACCCCGGCAACGUGCGCAGACGUCGCACGGGUUACAUGCACCACCGCCGAAAGUGGACAGAAUAAUGAGGAGUAUGAAGCCUCGGAGCAUCAACAAAAACACGGUCGCGGCCGCGAUCGUCAUACGCAUCAUUUGGUGAUCCACCCACACGACGAGUUCGAUAUCCCGCAUACGGGGCAUGUUCCAGUGAUUUUGACGAUGGAGGGGAUCCAACCUCCGACGAUGCAGGAGUAUACGUUGGACGAGCAUGGACAUAAGGUGACCGUCGUGGAUGAGCGCCGCGAUUCUGGAUUCGAUAUGUUGUCCUGAACUGACGACUAUUUCGUUGCGUUGAAGACCACUUGGAUGUUCACAAAAAUAUUUUUCAGUAAUUGAAUUAAAUCUCACUGUUGUAAAUAUGCCUCUUUUGAGGCAUACAGCCUUUGGAUUUAUUUGUGUUCAGAGGUAGAUCGUGAAGAGAGGGAAAACAGUGC